AUGAUUGAAGGAUGGGGAAGCGGCCCGGAAAGCCACAAAUCAACGACGACGGGCGUUGAGAACCCAACAAGCCACAAAAUUAAACUCAAUGUGACGACGGGGGUAACAACCGGGGUGGAAAAGGACAAAGUUGGAAAAAGCGCAACUCGGCCGGUUUCCGUCUUUGACGUCUUUCAGAGCUGGGCGUGGCUUGUCUCUUGCCGGCCGGCGGGCCGUCUUGUCUUGUUGUUGGUUGAACAGAGAAAAAAGAAAGAUCGCUUGGCAUCUCCGCGUCUUCUUGGCUUUUUGUUAAUGUCGGGUUAUUUUAUAUAUGAUGGUAUUCUCUGUUAUUUGCUUUAUCGAGUCGUGCUGGUAGUCGUAACUGUUCUUAGCUCGCCAACAAACACAGACUUGCCGUGCCGCCACUCACUACCAACACUAGCUGGCAAAAACACAGCCAUCACACCACCAUUCAACAUCGGUACCAUAACAGAAAAGACUGUUCGGGAAAUUGUCAAUAUCAACUUCCAUGGUCAAGCCAUGAAUGUGACCUUUGGCAAGUCGGACUCUUCCGCCGCCGCCCCGAGGCAGAUUCGCUUUGUCCACAACCAAGGCCAGCCGCCCUCCAAGCGCCGCCGGAUCAACGCCGCAUGCCUCACUUGUAGACGCCGCAAGACGCGCUGCGACGGCGAGCGCCCGACCUGCUCGACCUGCUCCAAAAACGGCCACAAAUGUUUGGGCUAUCCCGACGAGUCGAAGCGCGACGGCCCCGACAUCGGUGACGACAACGACCACGAGCCAGCUACCACGGCGUCUUCGUCUUCCGCCGCUCACCAUCGUCCCGACCCGCCAAUCGGGGCCGAGGCCGACCGACCCUCCCGCGCAACGGACCGCGAUACCGGGGACCGCGACACCCAUGCUGCUCCCACCCGCAUCGGCCCGCGAGCGCGCCCCUCCUUGGUCCAGCUACCUAUCCUCGCGUCUCCGCACGCCGCCAACGCCAUGGUCACGCCUCCGCACGCUGCCACGUUGGCCACACCAGCCGGUCUCGCGCCUUCGCCCUCGUCCUCCAGCCACCCGCCCCAGACGGGCUCGACAGAUGACCUACCCUCGUCCCCGACGGCCCUGCGCCGCACGCAAAAUUACAGCUACCGCAUCCCCUACUUUCGCUACUUUGGUCCCACCGCCAUCGUCCCCGGCUUCAAGCAGAUGGUCGUCGCUGUCCGCGACCGCCGCCUGUCCACCUCGGCCACUGGCUCCCAUCCGGGCACCUCGCCCCUUUCCACCCACAGCACCGUCUUUGCCGCCAGCUCCACCGGCAACAGCGAUGUCGUCGUCGAUGACCCGCCCUCGUAUGACCCCAACGCCCCCGGGCCCGUUCAUCCGCUCCUCCUACACCUCGUCGAGAUCUUCUUCGCCCACGUCGGCUGCAACUUUCCCUUUCUCAAAAAAGAAAAGGCUCUCCGUCAUAUCCGCGAGAAGAGGGUUGAGCCCAUCCUCGUCGACUCGAUAUGCGCCCUCGCUGCCCGCUUCUCGGACUCGCCCUCGCUAACGGGCGGCAACGACAAGAUGCCCCGGACCGAACGCGGCCACGUCUUUGCCCAGCGCGCCAAGCAAGCCACCGUCGACACUUUCGCCUGCCCCAGCGUCGAGGCUGUUCAGGCCUGCUUGCUCAUGGCCUAUGAAGGCUUCGGUGCCAACCAGGACAGUGCUCUGUGGAUGUAUCUCGGCCUGGCCAUUCGCAUGGCUCUCGACCUCGGCCUACAGAAACGUGUCGGCAUCAAGUAUCAAGGCGAAAAGGACCCCUGGAACACGCAGCAGCGCAGUCGCGGGACCACCGACUCCGAGAGCCCAGAAGAUCGCCGCCGUGACGACGGCGACCUUAGCGAAACUGGGCAGCGCGAGCUCGAGCAGGAACGCAUCGACACGUUCUGGGCCGUUUUCGUCCUAGAUCGCAUCAUCUCCUCCGGCACGGGCCGCCCCGUCACUCUCCGUGACGACGACUUUGAGCUUCCGUUUCCCGAAGCCAGCACGGAUCCCAACACGGGCUGGCCGACGCUCUUCCCCGUGCUUGUGCAAAUCGUGCACCUCUAUGGUCGCGUGUCCGACGUGCUGAACAACAUCCACCACGUCGACGACCUGACGCAGGACCGUUGGAGCAAGCUCAGCACCAUGGAACACCAGCUGACACGGCUGUACAAGAACUGGGGCCACCGGCUGCAGUUCAACGUCAACAACUUUAAGCACUACCUCAAGGACGGCCAGGGCAACAUCUUUAUCCUGCUGCACCUGUGGUUCCACGCCCUCUUCAUCAACCUGCAUCAACCGACAGUGCUCAUGGCGUUUGGCGAGCUGCGCAGCGAGCUCCAGCUGCUGCCCGACAGCCGCGAGCUGAGCAUGAGCAGCGCAAAGACCAUUUGCGAUAUUCUCUCCUUUGCCGACCUCAUUGACCCCAAGAGCUUCAUCGGCAACCCAUUCACCAGCCAGCCCAUCUACAUUGCCGCCGGCGCCUUUCUCAUGGAGUCGAGCGCCAACGCCUCUGAAGGCCCCUCGCGUGAGGCCUCACCGCCGCCGGCUACCGAUCGCAAGAGCGCCGCGGCGGCCCGCGGUCGUUCGUCGCGCCAUUCGAUGCUCGCCUCGGCCGCCACGCAAAACUACCAGCGCUGCUACAACUCGCUCCAGGAGAUUCACGGCUACUGGGGCGGCAUCAAGUACAUUCUAACCGCGCUGGACCAGAAAUCCAAGGGAACGCGCGACGUCGAGACGUACACCACGGAAGAGUACGAGAGCACCAAGUCGCUGAUGCUGCCGCCGCCCGUGCAGGCCAGCAUCGGCGACCAGCUCAGCCGCCUCAAUAACCAGGGUUCGCCCAUCCCGCCCGGCGCCUUUGCGUGGAGCUUCUCCGGUACUGCCAACUCGCCCAACUCCAACUUUACCGCCAUGUACCAGGCCGCGGCCCUGGGCGGCGGUAGCGGGGGCCUUGUUCAGUCCAGCAGCACCACCCCGACCGGCGGGCCUACCAAGGCCCCGUCCACUUCGUCGUCCCGUCCUCCGCCGCCGCAGCCCGUCUCGCGCAAAGAGGGCAGCACGCCCCCCGGUAAUAUGAUCUACGACCCGAUCCGCCCGACGCAGACGAGCACCAUGUUCCCACCAGCGGUCCCGCAGCCCAACCUCUCGGCGCUCCGACACUCGCCGCACCAAGGCACCUCGGCCAGGAUCGUCCCCAACGGCAUGCGCUUCGAGAGCGUCAGCGAUGACGCCAAGAUUUUUGCGCCCCCGCCGCCACCCCCGCCCCCGCCGGCGUACGCGCCGACCAGCCAGCACGCAACGGCGGCAUUUGACGCGGCUACGUUUGGUGCCACGCCGCCGCCUCCGCCACAACCACCACCACCGGCCGGUGACGUGAGCCACUCGUCAGCCACCAUGUACGGCACCAUGGCGCCGCAGUUUGGCACCUGGGGCGGCGGACCCAUGAUGGGCCAGAUGGAUGGCAUUACGUUCAACAGCCGCGACAUUGACGUCGAGGAGUUGGGGCUCCAGCAGGACCUGGUCAGUGGCUCCUGGCUGGACCUCACGACGGACAUGCUGGGUUUGUUUGAGACUCCCUAG